UAAAUGAAUAUAAUUCUCUUGCGAAAAAUAUGACAAGUACAGAAAAACCACAGAAUACGUCGACGUCACCCACACAAUUGAACACUACUACAGAGAAACCCUGGUGGACAACAAUCAAUCCUGAUGACGUUUAUUAUUAUGAUGGCACUCCAAGAGGUACAAGGCCAUAUUUGAAUGUAAUUCCCUAUAAAUCAUUUUUAAGGGAUAAAAAUUUUGCGCUAAUCACCAUACCAAUAUUUGCAGCUGUGACAGGGUUGCUUGUUAUCGUAUGCAUUCUUACGCGUAUGAAUCGUUGUUGCUUUGGUUUAUUUGAAACAUAUCCAAUACGACCUUCUAAAAGACGAUGCCUCCUCAAAAGAUGGUUGUACCAAGGUUUUGGAUUGAUAUCCCCAUGCUUACGAAAAAAAGAAUGUGAAGUGUAUUGUGCAUGUCAUGGUGCUCGUGAAUGCGUUGAACAGAAAUUUGGUUAUCGAGAAGAUAAAACAAUCGAAUUUCUUACAGAAGAUGAAAUACGAGAAACUUUUAAAGUAUGUAAGUGCGAUAUACUACCGGAGCCAGUUCAGGAGAUUAAAAGGUAUUACGUGGCUUCUGAACGAAAUGUACGAUUUAAUACUGAAGUUACAGUGGUGAAUCCUCCUACAGACGGCAACUUUAAAGUUAUGAGUGGAACAUCUGUUAAUGCAAUGCACGUAACGCCAAAUUCAGCGAAAUCAACGUUUGUAAAAUCAUCGGCUCUUCAUGACCAUAACAAUGACGAUGAUGAUUAUGAUGAUGAUAGUGAAAAUCAAACUACUUCCAGUCCUACAACUACUGGAACGGAAUCAGUAUAAAUGAAAUAAAGCAGGACACAAAAAUCG